ACAGGUCCCAAAACUGGAAACUCAUUCAGUCCCUUCUGAAUGGAGUGUCUUUAACGUGAGAGUGGAGGACUUAACUUUUAGCACGAAAAUAUGAAAGCCCUGAAUUCGGUCCUGGUCGGUGUCUUCCUGACCCUGCUGUUCUGCCUCCCCAGCCCUGGUCAUGGAGAAUCCUACUUUGGGGACAGCUUCUGCAAUUUACAAGCCUUCCAAGAUGUCUCCACCUUCCACCUGUCACUACAGAUCAAGACGAGUCGGCGAAGUGGGCUGCUGUUACUGGCUGCAGGAAUGGAGGACUACCUGUUCCUCGAGCUCCAAAACGGGAAAAUACAGGCACGGAUGAACUUGGGGGCUGGCGAGGUGACACUGUCCUCAUCCCAAGGAGUACAGCUGAACAACCUUCUGGACCAUAAAAUCUCACUUACACUGCAAGGUGGCAAACUCACCAUGACAAUUGAUGAGCUCUUCCCAACAUAUGUUCCUGUGAAUGACGACAGGGAACAGCUCAAUAUUGACCUGGGCAUUUGGCUUGGAGGAACAGGAAACCUGGAUGCUCCCUACCUCAGCAAUGCCAUUCCCCCUUUCCGUGGCUGCAUGACUCAGGUCAAAUUUGAGUCCCAUCAAUUUGAUAUUCUCAGCACAUCAUUUAAACAAUGCCACGACACGAAGGAAUCCUGCAGCAGUGAGUUUGAGGCUGGUGAUGGGGAGGCAACUAGUUUCAGCACUCCAGAUUCCUUUGUGUCCUUCCCCACCUGGAGCGGGGCUAGUGGUGCUCCAAGAGUCUUAGAGGUCCUAAUGAAAACCACCAUUGAGGAUGCGUUACUUGUUUUCCACCCUGGCCGAGAGUCAGACUUCAUUGCUAUUGGUGUUGUGAAAGGCUAUCUCAAAGGUGUGCUGGACCUCGGAAGUGGCAUGGAGGUACUGGAGAAUACCCAGGUGAAGCUAGAUGAUGAUCAGUGGCAUAGAGUUAAGGUACAGGUCAGUCCGGAUUCUUUUGUCAUUAAUGUAGAUAGUCAGUCUUCCUCCCUCCCUUUUGACUCGUCACAAAAAUUGGACUUGGUUGGAAACUUAUAUUUAGGAGGUAUCCAGGGGAAAAUGAAGGAUGUCUUUCGUGAGAGUGGGUACUUAAGUCGUGCAGAGGAGGAAAUGACAUUUGAAUCCUUCAUUGGUUGCUUGGGGGAAAUCAAAGUAAAUCAGAAGGAUAGAAGCCUGCAGGAUGCUUUGGUGACCAAAGAUGUUCAUGUUAAAUGUGAAGGAGAUGACUAUGACUACUCAAGUUACUAUGACAUAGACGUAACCACAACUUCUCCUCCUGUUCGUAUCCCAUAUGUUGUUAUCGACAACCAUCAGCAUUGCUACCCAACAGAUGACAUGCCAGAGAUAUUCAAAAAUGUAACAAAACUUCUUGAUGUCACCCCAUUGCUUGUGCCUGAAGGUGGGGAAGGUCUUCUUGAUAUCAAUAACCUAAGCCCUACAUUUGACCUCAGUGCUGCAGGAAUACAUCAGUCUGAGAUAAUCUUUACUCUCCAGGAUGAUCCCUGGUAUGGCUUGGUUGACAUGAACAUUAACACAAGACGCACACAAACGUUCACUCUUCUUGAUGUUGUCAAUAAGAAAAUUAAGUAUAUGCAUGAUGGAAAUGAAAGGCAUGCAGAUCAAAUUCAGCUACAGGUGGCUAUUCACAGUGACAGCUACCUUCCAGAAUGUUUAAAAACUCCUCAUGAGUAUGUCCUCCCAGUUGAAAUUCUUCCCGUCAAUGAUAUACCGCAACUUGGUGGAGGAGAAAUCACCAUCACAGAAAACGGCAGGACUCGUUUGAGUCCAAGCCUUAUCAAAAUCAUGGAUUCUGACACCCGCUGUGAUGAAUUAGUACUAACUGUAACCUCAGAGCCUUUCAUGGAAGUUGGUUACUUAGAAAACAGUCAGCAGCCAGGAAGAAGCAUCUCAGAGUUCACUUGCAGGGAGUUGAAAGAUGGAAAUAUCUAUUUUGUACACAGAGGGGGUCAUGCUGCUGGCAUUACCUUGGAGGUAUCUGAUGGACAGUCAGUAAGUCAUUCAACUACUUUUAAGUUAUCUGUGGCACAGCCACAUAUGACUAUUGUGACCAACACUGGCCUUCUCUUGUCUCAAGGAAGCAAUGGAUCUAUAGGUGUUCAAAAUCUGGCUGUCCUCGCUCAUCCUCGUAAUGGAGACAUUAUGUAUAACAUUACCCAACCUCUGAUAUUUGGAGAACUGCAGAUAAUGACAAGUGAUGGAAUGUCCAAGCAGGUUACAACUUUCCAUCAAUCCAGUCUGGAUCAAGACCGCCUUACAUAUGUCAGCACAGACUCAAGUGACCAGGAAGAUAUUGUGGUUGAGCGGAUUCAGUUCGACAUCCACCUGGGGCAGUUCUCCCUCUGGAACAACACCUUCUUAGUCAAGAUCAUUCCUGCACAAGUGAAAGUUUCUAACCUAGUUCCAGUGGAGGUGAAGGUCGGUGAGGAGCAAAUAAUUGGACUCACAGAGCUUCAAGCCAAAGUAAAAGGGAAAAACCCAGAUCCACAAACUAUAAAAUACAUUCUUGUCAAGCCUCCAACACUCGGUAGUCUCCAGUUGUUAGACAAAGAGUUGGCUGAGGGUGACAUCUUCACACAGAAGGACAUUUUGGACAGCAUUGUUAGCUACAGGGUGCAUGUGCAAAGAGCUGUGGAUAGUAUAGACCAGUUCCAGUUCAGAGUCCUUGCUGAUGAUCAGUACUCCCCUCUAUACACCUUCCCUAUUAACAUCCUCGCCAAUGCAGAUGCUCCUGUUAUGACCAAUGAAAGGCUGGUUGUCUGGCAGGGUGGUGAGCUUACUCUGAACAAAAACUAUCUUUGGAUGCAGUCUCCAGGUUCUACAGAUUUUGUGUUCCAGGUCACACAAGAGCCAAAGUACGGACGAUUGAUAAGGGACUCCCCACCCGGGCAGCCUAGAUUUGAAGGGGCAAUAAGAGUAUUCAGCAAUGAAGACCUCCAGCUUGACAGGCUUAUUUACAAGCAUGAUGGCUCCAAGACAAGCAGUGAUGAGUUCCAUUUUUCAGCAUUUGAUCAAGGAGCAGAAAGUUCAGACAAUCAGGAAACAGUGAAUGGUGUUUUCAGAAUUUCUAUCCAAUCCAAGAAUGAGCAUGCUCCUGUGAGGGUUGUGAAUAGAGUCUUUAAUGUAGUCCGCCACGGUCAGCGUCUGCUAACAACUGAUGUCAUCCAGUUUAAGGAUGAUGACUCAGGUUUCAAUGACACCCAAAUCGUCUACGCUCGUGAGGGAAUCCUCUCAGGCAAUAUCGUCUCAACAUCUAAUCCCUCACAGGCCCUUUUCCGUUUCACACAAGCCGACCUGCGAGAUAAGAACAUCCUCUUCAUUCACCAUGGAGCAGAUCGGGAACGCUUCUCACUGCAGGUGUCAGAUGGCUUCCACAAGGCCACUGCGCUGCUUCAGAUCCAGGCAGGUGAACCGUACCUGCGAAUAGCAAACAACACAAUCAUUGUCAUUGACCAUGGAAGCACCAAGACGCUUAACACCACCCUGUUGAGCGCUGACUCUAACAUGGACAUCAGAGAUGACAGUGAAAUCAACUUCCAGGUCACGUCGCCACCCAGCGACGGCAGGAUUAUUGUGAGUGGAAUUGAAGCUUCAGUGUUCACCCAGGAGGACCUGAAAAAAGGUGUUGUGUCAUAUGAGCAUAGUUAUGAGAGUCUGAGGUCCAAGGAUUCCUUCAGCUUCACCGUCCAAGCAAGAGGACAUUCUGAAGAGGGCACAUUCAGGAUUAAAAUAUUCAAGCAAGGUUACCUCUCUGAGCCUGAGGUGAUAACCAAUGAGGUCAUCAUUUCCUAUGAGGGAGAGCACACCAUAAUCAACCAGGAUAAUCUCAAGGUCGAUCAAGCUGAUAUUUUGCCUACAGAAAUGGUGUUCACCAUUAAAGAGCCUCCUCGUCUUGGUCAUGUGGUCAAGCUGACAAACAGCUCAGACAGCACAGCCUCGCCUGUCCUCGACUACAUUCACUCCUUCACUCAAGAGGACAUUGAUCAGGGGCGCAUUCUCUAUGUGUCUGCAUCCAUCCAGGGCAAUGACGCCUUCACAGUAGAUGUCAGUAAUGGUUUUACCACAGUGGAGGACCUGCACAUCUCUGUGAACAUCGUGCCCCGGCUCAUCCCCAUCCAGACCUUCAACUUUACAGUGAAGGAAGGCCUCAGCAGAGCAAUUAACGCAGAGAUUGUUAACAUUUCACAUCCCUUCUACAGCUCAGCAAACAUCGACUUUGUUGUGGAAGAGCCACCACAGCACGGGGACAUCCGCUACCUGGAUGGAGAUGAACUUACUUACUUUACAUGGGAAGAGAUGAAACUUGGACACAUCUACUACAUGCAUGACAGCACCGAGAGCACAGAGGACAGUUUUACACUCUCUGCCUCGGCUUAUGAGAUUGAGCGUCGGAGCCUCCCUGUCACCAUCUCAGUGACUGUCAUACCAGUCAACGAUGAGCCGCCAAAACUGACACAUAACACUGGACUGGAGGUUCUUGCUGGAGAGGAAGCUGAUAUCACCUCCAGCAUGCUGAACACUGACGACGCUGAUACCCCUGCAGAGGAACUGGUUUACCACGUCGAGGUGCCAACCAAUGGGAUGGUGGCGUUGAAAGAGGCGCCCGAGGAGGGCAUACUAAAUUUCACACAGGCUCACAUAAACAAAGGGGAGGUCAUCUUCAUUCACGAGGGUGAGGAGUCUGGAGGUUUCAGUUUCACCGUGACAGACGGAGAGCACACAUCUCCUCUCUACCAAUUUGUUGUCACGGCCAGGCCUCUCACCAUCACCAUGGUAACGCAGGAGGAGCUCAUGGUAUUUCCAGGAAAAAGGCAGCCCAUCACGAGUGCCAAUCUGGGGGCUGUAACCAAUGAGGAUGGAAAUGAGAUAAGCUACUCACUUAUCCGCCCACCUCGUUUGGGAAGACUCAUCCUGGCCAAUGACAGGAACCAGUAUGAGGAAAUUACCCACUUCUCAAAAACACAGCUGGAAUCAGGAGCAGUAUACUACGAGCACCAGAUGCCUGAGGAGCCUUUUUGGGUGGCAAGGGACUCCAUAGAGGUUACUCUGUCAUCCCAACCAGCCCCAGAUGUCCGUCACAUCCUGCCCAUCACCAUCUCUUACUAUGCUGCUCACAGCAACAUCUCCUCACAGCUGUGGAAGAACAAAGGUCUGGAAAUUGUGCAAGGCCAGAGGAAAACCAUUGACGAUUCAAUUCUUGAUGCCUCCAACCUUCUGGCUAGCCUACCUGAAGAUAAGCAAGGCGAUGUGGAUGUGGUUUUUGAGAUUAAGCGUUUCCCUGACCACGGUCGUAUCACCCUGGGUGGUCAGGACCUGCCCCGUAAUGCCCCAUCCUUCAUGCAGGAAGAUGUAACUCAAGGAAACUUGGAGUAUCUCCAUGAUGACUCAGGGGCCUCCUUUGACAGUUUCUCUUUCAGGGCCCAUCUAAAAUCUGAGGGUCAUGGUGUGGCCUUACCUGCCGAAUCCAUGGUCCUGGAGGAGAUCUUUAAUAUCUCAAUCAAGCGGCGAGGCUCUGACCCCCCCGAACUAGUCACUAUAGACAUGCUCUUGGAGGUUCUUCAAGGCUCCAUGACCAUCUUGACCCAGAAGCAUCUUAACACUCAAGACGAGGACAGUCCGCCAGACGAGGUGCACUUCAAAGUGACCAAAGCCCCUAGCAACGGUCAACUGGUUGACUCACUCACAAUGGACCCCAUCUCUGAGUUCACACAAGAGAUGGUCAACCGUGGGCAGGUGGGCUUCUACAGCGAUAGCAGCCUUGCUGAUGGCUUUGUGGAAUUCAUUGUGUCCGAUGGAGAACACCAAACAAAGCCACACACACUCCAUAUCGGUGUCCUAGCUCGCACCCUGUUUCUUGACAAAGCCCCUGAGAUCAAGGUGAAGCAAGGCGAUGAUGAGACCCUGGUGACUGAGGAGAUGUUGAGGGCCACCACUGGGGGACCUGUUGAGGAGGACAUCCUUUACAAGAUCACAAGUGUUCCUAAGUAUGCAGCUGUCAUGGUAGACCGGCAGCCGACAUCCGCCUUCACCCAGAAGCAGAUCAAAGAAGGCAGAGUCAGUGUGCGCUUUGUCAAGUCCACUUCGCCUCGAGACAGUGUUGCAUUUGUAGCCCGCAGCCGGGCUGCUAAUGUCUCCUCUGUCCUCAACAUCACAGUCCAGCCUCUGGCCAACAUUGCUCAGGAUCCUCUCUUACCCGAAGGUGCUCUUGUCCAACUGGACAGAAAGCUUCUGGAUGCAACUCCCCUGGCAAACAAGACCAGAACCUCCCCCACGUUCACUGUCAUCCAACAACCGAGGGGGGCUCGUUUUGUGAGGUCUGGAGGUCCUGGUGCAGGCCAGCCAGUGGACAUAUUCAGUCAGAAGGACCUGGAUGAGGGCCGCAUAGCUAUGGAAAUCCUAAAUAGCUCUUCUGGAUCACAAGGUAGUGUCACUCAGGAUGAGGCCCGCUUCCUGCUGAAAGCCCAUGGGGUUCCUCCUGCAGAAUGUGUGCUUUCCUUCCAGACGGGCCCCUACAAUGCAUCUGGGGUCUAUCCUGCCACUCUGUUGAGGAUUCCCUCAGAAGCCCCAUCGAAGGACAGUAAUGACCUCCCUGGUGUGGCUGGGUCCCCUCGUUCCACUCCAGCUAGCCCCCGCUGGACGGGCAGAGAUGCCCCCACUACAACAUCUUCUGGCUCUGGCUCCCACGGGAAAACACGUGUUUCCCGGCGCAGCAACUUCUGGUCUAUUCUCAUCCCGAUCCUGGUAAUCCUCCUCCUCUUGCUGCUGGCAGCCAUCUUGGCCUACUACCUGAUCCGUAAAAACAAGACAGGAAAGCACAAUGUCCAGACGGCAGCAUCCAAGCCCAAAAACGGAGAGGUGGCCGGCACAGAAACCUUUCGUAAAACUGACCCAGCCAAUAACAUCCCCAUGUCCAACAUGGACUCCAAAGACGCAGACCCGGAGUUGUUGCAGCACUGUCGGACAACGAACCCAGCCUUGAAAAAGAACCAGUACUGGGUCUGAAACACUUUGCGAUAGGACACAGAGGGAGGUGGAUCCUUAAGUGUUUGGAAGCCCCUCAGAUCAUUCCUCUCAGUAUUAAAGACCUCUUGCCACACCAGUUUAAAUGAAAAUUAUUUUUUGACACCAUUGAUUAUUUACUUAUCUCAACAUAACUGUGGACAAAUUCUCAGGCAAUGAAACACUGAAUACUUAUUGGCAAAGAAAGAGGCAGUUUCUUAAGGAGGCUCGUGCCAUGUCUAUUUAUUUUAGUUUUAUCAUUCCUCUUUGUCAAAGGGCACAAAUGAAGACAUAAACAUGCCAUGUGUUUGCAAAACGUAUUUUGGGUGUGCUCUGUCAUUGUAUUCCACAUGAUAUCAUAGGCCAAUAUUAUUCAUUUGAGUGGAUAGGUAAUUUAAAGUCUUUGUGAUAGUUUGAUUUUAGUUUUUGCUUCAUUCAGAAAGUUGAUACGCCUUGUACAUAGAUAAUGAGGUAAAUAUAUGCUGCAUUAUCAAGAAGAUGAAAAACUGCCUCUUUGAGUUUUCUCUUUAUUUUUCAAUGUUUUUAAGGUACCGUUGUAUAAUGUUUCUCAGGGCUAAAUUCAGUUUAAUGUAAUAGUACAACAUUUUGGAAAAUAUGCUAUUUCCCCUUUUUUGUUAGAUGAGUUAGAUGAGAAGAUUGAUACCAUUCUCAUAUUUACUCAUAACAUUCUCAUAAAUAUGAAGCUACAGCCAGGAAACGUUAGCUUAGCUAAACGUAAUGACUAGGGGGAAACUUCUAGGCUGGUUCUGUGCAACGGUUAAAUAUUUUCUUACCACCACCUCUAAAGCUCACUAAUUAAUAUGGUAUAUAUCUUUUGUAUAAAUAUUUCUUUUAUGUCAUCACAAUAAUAUUUCAGUAGUUUGUGGCAAGACGAUGGUUUAAUACUAAAAACUGUUUAAAAUGAAAAACGUGUUGCGACAACUUGCACAGGUUUGACUGAAUUUAGCUCAGAGUCAUGUCAUCAUCUGUCAUAUGUUAUUAUUUCUGCAUGCUUCCAAAGUGCUUGUAAAUAUUCACUGGACUGGCACAGCACUGACCGCAAAGCUACACAGUACACAGUUUGUAGACCACAGGCAGGACAUUAUUUCUGUAGGAUUGGUCUUUAACACAUCCGUAUUGGCUGACAGGCAGAGGUGAGGUCAUCUCAAGCUGGGAUGUUUCCAGUUUCCAAGUCUGCAAUUAAGAAAUUUAUAAAAACUGGUUGGUGCUGGGGUGGGGAAAAUGACUUAAAAUGCUCCACUGGUUAGGUUACAUUGAUUUAAAACGAAAACAUUGAGUUUGUUUUUAAGUCUUCAAAGCUAUUUUAGAUUUUAAGCAUUCCAUAUGUAAACUGAAUAUAAAGACAUCAUGGGAAAAAUCAUGAGAUUUUUUUUUACUCUUUAGUUGUAUGUAUUGUAUGUUAGAAGAGUGUAAAUCAGACUCCUAUUGUUCCUCUUUACCGUCACUCGGACCUGUGACGGUUAUCUGGUGUUUGAAUGUUGAAUGAAGUACUUAAGGUGAAGUAGAAAGUGUACAGUGAGAAAAUCAGAUAACUUUUUUGAUCCACUAAAGAAAAGAAAGGCUCAAACAACAUUUUUUUUCUGAAAAAAAAAUGUGCUGUACAUUUCUUUCAGAUACUGAAUAUACAAUAAUUUCUUUGCAGUAUUCAUAUUCUAUUGAUCUUAUAUUUUGUAGUGUUUUGAGUGCAGGAAAAUGUAGGUAGAGAUUUUACAGACAGCACAGAGCUCUGGAAGUGUUGUGUUUCAGGAGAUUGUAUUUCCACUGACAUUAUCUCUUAAAGAUAGCUGAAAUAAAAAAUAUUGGUUCCUCCUACAGGAUAUCAUAUCCACAUCUUACACAUCAAGUUUUAUGUGUAAAUAUUUUGUUUUUCAGUAAGAUUUUUGGGCUUGAUUAACGUCUCGAAAUAUAUAUAUAUAUAUCAUGUUUUGCGUCAAAGGUAUAUGUACAUGUACAUGUCUGUCCCUCUUGUGUUUUCUGCUUACUGAAGACUGAGUUUCAUCACCACCCCUCAUUUUUCAUUAUUUAUUAUUUCUGUCACUGCCCAUACAUCAAUUCAUACUCAAGUUAUGUGCUUUGUCAGAGAUCAAACUGAAAAUAAUGGUAAUACAAAGCAAUGUUUAGAGUCUGGAACAAAAGAAAUGUCUAUUGCUGCAGUAUGCCUCUGAGCUUGUUCUCGGCACUAAUGGAAAUAAAACUGUUCGUGCAACAAACCCGUGUUAAUUGUUUUAUCAGUGACUUUGUUGUUCUUCGGUUGUUGACUUCACACUAGCUGAUAUAUUAUAACAUUACAAAGCUUUUUAAUUCUUUAAACGUGUUAAUUGGCCGAGAUCAGACAUGUUUUAUCACUUGAAAGUGCUGAGAAAUGUCUCCAUGUGUUUGUGCCUUCAUGCGUAGAUUACUGUAAUUCACUGUACUCUGUCCUCGGCAGCGGAGCUGGAGUUCUUCUUCAGAUGGGUCAAAAUGCAGGAGCCCGUCUUCUAACACAGACACAAGUGCACUGCUCCAGUUUUGGCCUGUCUUCAUUGUCUCCCAGUGAAGUUUAAAAUUAAAUCUAAAAUUUUAGUUAUUACUAAACAGCAAGGUAAAUUUGUUCUGAAUUGUUCUGCCCAUAUAGCAACUUUAAAGUCUCUCAGGUCAACCAGCCAGUGUCUACUGGAUGUUUCCAGAGCUUGAUUUAAAAUUAAGGGAGAUCAAUUGACAAUAAAAAAACAUAUUAUCUUGCUUUUCUAAACAGAUGUCUAUGCUCUUUUGUUUUAUGUUAGUUCUGUUUUAAUUCAGUUUUGUUGCUGUUGUGGCUGUCUGUUUGAUAUUUCAUGCUAAAUGCUUUUAUUGUGAACCACACUUUAACUUUUGUUUUGAAAAGUGCUAUAUAAAGAAAUCUUUGCUUACAUCAUUUUUGCCCGGAAAUUGUAACAAUAGAAAAGGCUGCCUUUCUUUUUUUAAUAAACUAAAAUUAAUUUUA